UUCCUGUUCAUAGUGCAGAGUACGGACCCAAGAUCGCUGAGGGCGUUCACUUGUGUUCUGAGGAAAGUAGAAGAACGACUCACAUCCUGGCGUUCACUUGUGUUCUGAGGACAGUAGAAGAACGACUUCCAUCACAUGUGUUCUGAAGAAAGUAGAAGAACGACUCCCAGCCUGGUGUUCAUUUGUGUUCUCAGGAAAGUAAAAGAACGACUCCCAUCACUUGUGUUCUGAGGAAAGUUGAAGAACGACUCACAUCCUGGCGUUCACUCCUGGAGGAGGAAGAGGUAGAGGGUGACAGUGGUUAUCCUUGAACUAUUUGAGCGAUAAUCAAGGGGCAAGGCCUCAUGUAGUCUCACUCACUGAAUCAAAACAACACAAAUAAACAAUUGAAUGUCACGUUAGGGGGAACUACUCUAUAUUCUCGACUAACUUGAUUGUGUCGCAGCUCAGUAAGUCGGGGAGGUGACCCCCAUAACGUGAUUGUUGGCAAGAGAGUGGACUUGACACUCACAAAGGAGAUAGUUUACACCAUCAAAGACUAGGUCGCUGUCCUCGUCUUGAAUAACACGACGAUGAAGGUAAUUCUGAGGAAUUGUAGUUGGCAGUGUGUAAGUUGGUCUCGGGUACUCGCCCUCGUCCUCUUUUUGUUCCUAAUCUUGGCACUAAAAACCUUCAUAGCUCUGCCACCCCCACCACAGCGGGUCAUGGUGAAGGAAAUACUAUAUGGUAUGGGCCAGACAGGUCAGCCAAAACAUCACCAAAUACUCUUGUGGUCACAGAUGCGGUCAGGAUCAAUGUUUACACAGAAACUGCUCACCGCCCUCUCCUGCACUUUCCUGUCGGAGGAACCAUUACGCGAUGCUGGUAUAACAGAUACACACUCCUCCAUUAAACUCCUAAGAGACAUCCUACACUGCCGGUUCUCCCAACAAAGUAACUAUACCCAAAAGUGGAUUCACGGGCAUCAUACAAACGAACGUAAAUUCAAGACACUGUGUCAAGACUACGGCCUAUUAUGCAAGGAUCCUGCCUGGAUGGAUGAUAUGUGCAAAGGGUCGUGUGUCAAUUUUGUUAGGGUAGUAAAACCUGAAAUGGGGAUCGUUACGUCCCUGCUUGAGGACGCCGCCCUCAGGACCCAACUGGUACACUUGGUGAGGGACCCGCGGGCCCUCCUAGCCUCCCGCUCCUACUUGGAAGAGGGACAGGAAAUUAUUAAACUCAUCAACGGGACCUUCUUCACCCGGGAUGAGAAGGAACCCGCCAAGGUGUGUGAGAGAUACCGUCAAGAUCUGACCGCUGCUCGACUCCUCCUCCAUCAUUACCCACACAGGUAUACAAUGGUGCGGUAUGAGGACCUGACUCUGAAUCCUGAACGUGUAAUACGCCAACUGUACACAUUCUUAGGUCUCCCUUACACCGCCUUAGUGGACUACAUGGUGACCACAAUGACUAUAGGUAUCAAUACAGAGUACGAGAAUCUCCAUCCCUUCUCUACCCGUAAGAACACCACGAAUAAAAUGUGGGCAUGGAGGGAGCGACUGACCUACCCGCAGAUGUUACACAUACAAACUUUGUGUAGUGAUGUGCUGGAGGCUUAUGGUUAUCCGAUCUUCACCUCCCAACAAGAUUUCGAGGGUUGGAACUCUCCACCGUAGCCCCUCGAUACCACCCUCUGGAGCACAAACAUACCCACCAUGUAUGACCUAGAUCAAUCUAUUACUAAUUAAAACUAAUAAAUUGUCCAGUUCUAAAGGAAUUGUAAAUGGAAAAAGAUGGUGAUUAUUGCUAUUAUCUUUCUGCCUCUCAUCAACACUAUGCGGUUUGAGCCACUUUGGACAGAUUCAUAUAAUCAUUAUUUUGUUUUUAUUUAUCUUUUUACCCAGGAUGUAACACAGUUAUUGAACUAUUGUGAUGUAAGUUAUGGAAUAUGCGAUAAUGUGUGUGUGUGUGUGUGUGUGUGUGUGUGUGUCAAUCCUGCCUCCCACAACACAAACGACGCUAUGGCUACUGAACAGGUACUUAUUAGAUACGAAUUUCUUGGGGCAAAUACUUUACCCUCCCGCCCCUUAACACUAAUCUAUGAGGCACAACACACCUUCAGUAUAUACGUUAGACUCUUGAGGUGCUAAUAAGGUUGAUAAUAGCUGCGGUAAAUUUGCAAUUUCAACCAAUAUGGCUCUCGAGCUGAGCAGAGUGUAUUUCCAAUGGUUUAGACAAUUUUAAAACACUUUUCUUCGAUGACGUUGCCCUCGCAAAUGACCUAACCUAAGCAAACAUAACUGAACCUCCUAACCUGGGGGGGCUCCGCCCCCCUGGAUCCCCCUUAUAAUUAAAUAAUUUGCGAAGGAAACGCCAACAGUGCGUGACAGAGACGUGACCGAUCGCCCGGGCGGCUGGCGAGCCGAUCUUUUGGUGA